AUGCGGUGUCUGUCGGCGUGGGUCGCUUUGGCACUCGGCGUGCUCAUUGCCGCCGCCCCUGCAAAGGAAUGCCCACACAAGGUCAAGGAAACCGUGCAUCCUCCUCAUGGAUGGACGAACGUCCGGCCGGCACCUGCUAACCAUAUCAUUGAGCUGCGCAUCGGUUUACCGCAGCCCAACUUCUCCAUGCUGGAGCAGCAUCUCCUGGAGAUCAGUGAUCCAUUCCAUGCCCGGUACGGAGCACAUCUGUCAAAGGAGGAGGUCGAGGCGCUUGUUGCUCCGCAUCCUGACAGCGUCGAUGCCGUGGACGAGUGGCUUGAGUCCUAUGGCAUUGCGCAGAGUGAUAUAGCUCGCUCACCGGCGAAAGACUGGGUCGUUGUCAGAGUCCCCGUCAGACUUGCCGAAGAGAUGCUUGAUACGGAAUACCACAUCUGGACUCAUACAGCAAGCGGAGACUCGCUGGUUCGCACCACCGCCUACAGUCUCCCAGAGAACCUCCUGGAGCACGUCGACGUGAUCCAGCCGACGACUAUCUUCUCCCGGAUCAAGAGGAUGAGAGCCACCUACCGAUUCAUGGAUCAGAAAGUGGACAUUGUGGCAGCCUCUUCCGGUUACAUACCAGAUCCCACUGCUUCGGGUGGCCAAGUGGACGCCUCUUGCAACAGUACAAUCACGCCGUCGUGUCUCUUGCAGCUAUACAACGCAGUUGGAUACGAGCCUGCUGUACCGGGGGAGAACAAGAUUGCGGUGACUGGCUAUCUCGAGCAAUACGCUAACUUGGAAGACUUCAAGCUCUUCAACGAGGCCUUGGUACCGGCAGCUGCGAAUUCGGCGUUCGCAGUUGUAGAGAUUAACGGUGGACAGAACAAUCAGACUUCGUCCGCGGCCGGUGUCGAAGCCAAUCUCGAUACACAGUACGCAUUUGGCUUGACAUAUCCCACGCCCGGAACUUUUUAUUCCACCGGUGGGAGUCCUCCGUUCAUUCCAGACGAUCUGUCUCCCACCGACUACAACGAGCCCUACAGCGAAUGGCUUGAUUACGUGCUCAGCCUGACUGACCUUCCUCAGACAAUCUCGACCAGCUACGGUGAUGACGAACAGACAGUCCCCUAUAGCUAUGCAAACCGCGUCUGCGCAGGCUUCGCUCAGCUCGGCGCCAGAGGGGUGUCAAUAAUGUUUAGCUCUGGCGACGGUGGCGUGGGUGACGGUGAUGCUGACCCGGCUACCCAGGAGUGCUACACCAAUGAUGGAACAAACACUACCAGGUUCAUUCCCGGGUUCCCUGCGAGCUGCCCAUACGUCACAGCGGUUGGCGCAACGACGUCUAUCCCCGAGGUUGCCGCAUUUUUUUCUGGCGGUGGCUUUAGCAACUAUUUUGCUCGUCCUGCUUGGCAGGACGAAGCCGUAACGAAGUAUCUUGAUGGGCUGCCAGCAGGGGUCUACGAGGGCCUCUACAAUCCGGACGGACGAGCGUUCCCCGACGUCUCUGCCCAGUCAGAAAACUUCGAGAUCUUCUGGGAAGAGGCGUCUGUCCUUGUGGCUGGGACCUCGUGCUCCUCCCCCACGUUCGCGGGCUUCAUCUCUCUGCUUAACGAUGCCCGCAUCGCGGACGGCCUCUCUUCACUCGGGUUCCUCAAUCCGCUCAUUUACACUCUCAGUGCGACUAAUAAGUCAGCAUUUAACGACAUCACUGUCGGCAAUAACCCUGGGUGCGGCACGGAAGGAUUCAAUGCCACGGUUGGGUGGGAUGCUGUCACUGGGUGGGGAACACCUGACUUUGGUGUCUUGAAGGACAUCCUUCUUGGGUAG